CUGAACGCCAUCAAAGUCGACGUCGCGUCGUAUUUUCGUCUCCCAACACCAUCAACUGUCAGAUUCCCAGCAAUCAGAACCACACCGAAAUUGAUCAAGAUGGGCCUGGUAGACUAUGGUUCCGACUCGGACUCGGAUUCCGAACCCGUUCAGCAGCCAGUAGCACCCACACCUGCACCCGUUGUGGCACCCUCGACGACGAAGAAACCGUUCCAAAAACUCAUCGACCGCUCCGGCUCUGGCUCAGGCAAAAUCAUUGUCAACCUAGGCAGCGCAGGCACGGAUCCCGAGUCAAGACCGGCAGAAGAUGAACCACCAGCAAAGCGGGCCAAGACAGUUGGAGGAGGAUCCAGUCGGUUUAGCAGUUUCGGGUCUUUCCUACCAGCACCCAAGAAGACGGCGCCCAUCGCCAACACUGCUUCUACAUCAGUGCCAGCGGGCGACAACAGCAACAAGCCCAAGCCAAUCGUAAACCUUCGAACUGGCGCCGAACCCGCUUUUUCCAGGACUGGCAAUGGUAAUGAGGACGAUGGCUUUGGAGAAUCAGAACCGACGUCAGGGUCCGGGCUUUCCUCUGGACUCAACCUUCCUGCACCAAAAAAGACUCCGGCAGGGCCAUCAAUACCUGAAGGACAGAAACCCGAGGAAGAAGUCAAAUUGGUUGGAAAGCCACUCAUGUUCAAGCCACUUUCCGUAGCAAGGAAGCCUCAGAAGAAGAAGGCUGCUGUGACACCCAAAUCACCAGCUACCCAGAGUGUCGGGGACAAGGCGGCAACAACAACGGCGCCAGCCCCAUCGGCACAAGCCACUGUGCUAGCAGCGCAACCAGCAGCUCCGAAAAGGAAGCAGGUCUCGCUUUUCUCCAUGGAGGAGGAGGAAGUUACCCCAACAACAACAACAACCACAGCAACAACAUCAGCCACUGGUGCCUACGAGCCCCUUUUCACGGCCCCAGAUCCUUCGACCAACUACGAAUAUCAUGACAACGACGUAACAGGCGACUACGAUUCCUACACCGCUCCUACCACCUCCACCUAUUCCUCUGCACCUAGUAAUGCGAGCCACCAGCAGUCCCUCAGCUCCAUAGCUGAUGAUCUCGCUUUGAACAAGACAGCACGCAGAGAGCUUUUUGGGCGGCAGCGUGGAGGCAAGAAUGGAGACGCUUUCGAGAUUCCAGAAGGCGCCAAGAUCGUAAACUUCAACAUGGAGCAGGAGUAUGAGCAUAACAACGCGCUGAGGGCCUCUGGCGAGCAAGUUUACAACCCAGUGCGCUCGAUCGCGCCGGGCAAGCACAGUCUCAGACAGAUGGUCAAUAUGGCGCAGAGCAACCAGUCAGCAUUGGAGGAUAGUUGGGCUCAGGGAAGGAACAAUCGCAAAGACGCUGCGGGGAAGUAUGGGUGGAAAUGAGAAGGAUUUUGUCUGUUUCGAAUAUAACUUCCGGGAUGUCCUUUUGGGUAUUUACGUCAUUAUCAAGGUCAGCAAAUUGAUACCCGGGGGAAUAGCAACAAUUUGCUCUGUUAGACUGCCUUAACGGCUGGCUAGCCAGCCUCGCAAUCGCCUGGCAUUCAGCCACCAUUGUCGUGGUAACUGUACCACAACACUCGCUGACAACCUAUGUUCUGGAUGUGCCGGAAAACCAGAGAUACAAAUGUGCGAUACAUCGACCUACAAUCAAGAGCCGCCUCGUUGUCGUGAUGACAUUGAUCAUUGCGUUGGAGGUGAUAGUUUCCCGUCGCCAUAAAGUUGAAACUGCCGCCUCAAAAACCUGAUCAAUGGGAUUGGCUGUCAAAUAUCCAAUUUUUCCACGGUGACUGGUUCGGAUACCCAGAAGAGUGAUAGCUAAAUCAAACCGAACACAUCACGGUUCGAUAUUGUACUCUUUUGGUGUCCUCUCUCAUGCGUCCAUAUGUUUCUUCCACGGUUUUUGACCGCAGUCGAACCACUUCCUGGAUCAAAUAAUUCCGAACAGC